AUGCCUCCCGAAAACGUUCACGCCAAAGACGUAGCGCUCAUUGACGCCAACUCAGUCGUGAAUACAUACUCGAACCUAAAUAAACGAGAUAAUCAGUCCGCUGCAGCCAAGUGUGCCUCUGUGACAGCAAUUAUUCUCGCUGGUGGUGCGGUACUGGGCGUCAUCACCGGCGGGAUUGGUGCAGUAGCCGUCGCCGGUAUAAGUUAUGCUGUCUGUAUUACAUCUCAAGCAUCUGUCCCUGGCGCUAUAGUCAAGGGCGGGUACUCGGGCGCACUGAGGCCUAGGCCUGGGAAUAAUAAAGUCCAAAAAACGCCCGCGACAAGAAAGAAGGGGUCUGGUCACAAGACGAAAGUCAAUUCGCAAGGACAAAGGCUAUUUGGAACGUAA